AUGCUAGUUUUUGGUUUAACUAAACGCUUGUCUACCGAUAGUAGUUGUAUCUCAAAUGCACUUAGAACUGGUCGUAUCGUUCGUUAUAUGACACAAGAUAUUCACGAAAAGAUCUUUUUCAAUCGUAAAUGGGAACUUGAUAAGUUUAAUAAUGCAUUUAGUUCUUAUCCAGAGCUUCGUGUCGUUCUAGGUCCUCCUAGUACUGGGAAAACUACCUUGAUUCGUGAGGUGGUAACGAAUAAAGACAAUUUCAAACCUCUUUUUCUAGACUGUCGCUCAGGACAGUUUGAUUUUUCAAAGAAUUUAUAUGAUUCUAUUUCUAUGCAAUUCAAACCAUUCUUCAAGAAACGAAUUAAAUCCCUGAAAAAUAUAAUGCCAGAGGAUCUCAAGGCCAAGCUUCCUUUUUUCAAGUUAAACUUUAAGAUAUUUGAUAAGAGCGAAAUUACUCCUAGUAGUGUCAGUGAGUUGCUUGUUGAAAUUACUCGUGCUUUUCUGAAAUGGAACAUUUGGCAUAGUAACUAUGCAUCUCCACACAUUUUAGUUGUUGAUGAAGCAAACUUGCUUAGCCAACUUGGAGACAGUUCGAAGGAAGGAGCAAUCCUUCUAAAAACAUUUCUUAACUGGCUUGUAUUGAAUACAAAACAAGAAAACCGCUUCCAUGCUGUGCUUACCUCUUCUGAUUCAUUUUUUUUGAAUUGGAUUACAAAUCUUUUGCAUAUCCCACAUAUAAUCCCGUAUGUUGUUGGAGAUUUGAAUAAGGAAGAUGCCGAAGAAUAUUUUGAAAAGCAUGUUCUUCCUCAAUAUGGUGUCUUUACUGAACCAUCUAUUUAUACUUAUUGUAGCUCACAUGACGGCACACGCAUGCUGAUUAUUGAUAGAUAUGUCAAAGAAUACAAAAAUAAUGAAGGAAAACUUACAGAUAGGAAAUUUUCAGUUUUUGAGUUAGAAUAUGAUAAGUUAUGUUCUGGUCUUGUUCCUGUUCGUUCUUCAGGCAAGCCUUGUAAACCACUCUAG